AAUGUUGACCGCUUGCCCUUUCCCAAACACUGUCCGUCUCUGUUUUAGUACCUUUUUUUAGCAAUGACCAACUCAGACUUUUAUAUUCUUAGUCAAUUCAAUGAAAUGACCCAAGACAAACAGGAAUCCAAGGAUCAAGUCCCCGAAGAUGUCCAGGCUUCCCUUACAACCGUCGGAAUGCGAAUUCGUCAGGCCGUUACUCAAGGAUAUUCUACUAAGCAAACAACGUUUCCUUCCUACAAUCCACCUAUGUACGAGGAGUAUAUGACAAAGUCCAUUAGAAAGGAACCUGCAUAUCCUCCAAUGGAGGCGUUGAGAAUAAAAAGACCAACAACUUGGAUCCUUUAACGACCUUUCGAACGAUUUCGAGGAACCUGAAUGGCUUCGUCCGUUUGAUGUUGUCAUGGCAGAGCCUGAUGUCCUUCUUAAGUAGGACGCUUUGCUCCCCGAUGUAAUGGGAUCAUUCUACCACGUGCUCGUUCAUGAGUUUACGUCUCCUUUAAUCUGUACAUUUAUGUAAGUUUUGCUCCGGCCGUCUCUUCGGUUUCACAUAACCUUAAUCUUUUUUGGGGCAUAUUAUCGGUUAAGCCUUGUCUGUACACUGUACAGUAUAAUUUUGUUUAAUUAUUGUGUUCACAGAAUUUUUAUUUAUUCCUUCAACAACCCAAAGAAGAAUGAAUAGUCUUUUAGGGUUCAAUCUACUUGGUGCAUCAGUGAAGCUUUACUAAACUUGAAU